AUGGAGCCGGUGGCCGAGGGACCCGAGUUCGGGGCCUUCAAGAGACCGGCGCUGCCGCCGGCGGUCCCGCUCCGCGGCAAGGAGGUGGGCGCCGCUCCCCGGGACCCCGAGGGGGAAGCAGCGGGUGGGGAGCCGCCGGCGGAGAGCCCGCCCCAGCCCCGGGCCCCGAGCUCGGCCCCUGGCCCCCUCCCCGCCGCAGCCCCGCAGCCCCGCUACCAGGAGCCGCCGUGGGGCAGCGCUCCCCCAGCCGAGGCCGGCUACGGCCUGGAGACCCUGAAGGGCGGCGUCAUCGUGGGCACCCUGCGCUUGGAGGGCAGGAGCUGGUUCCUGGUGGGGCGGCUGCCGGGCUGCGCCCUGGCGCUGGAGCACCCGUCCGUGUCGCGGCACCACGCCGUGCUGCAGUACCGCGGCCAGGCCCAGCCCGGCUUCUACGUCUACGACCUGGACAGCACCCACGGCACCUUCCUCAACAAGGCCCGGCUCCCGCCCCGCACCUACUGCCGGGUGCGCGUGGGGCACGCGCUGCGUUUCGGGGGCAGCUCCCGCCUCUUCCUGCUGCAGGGACCUGAGGAGGAUCAGGAGUCUGAGUCGGAACUAACUGUGACUCAGCUGAAGGCUCUGCGCAAGCAGCAACAGGAAAAGUUAGAGAAGACAAUGUUAGGCGAGGACUCAGAUGAAGAUGAAGAAGAAGAAAAGGAAGAGAAAAGAAAUGAGAGCAAUCAGAGUAACGAUAUGAGUUGCUCGUGGGGAAUGGGGGAAGAUGCCGAGGAAGAUGAGGUUGAAGAAAAUCCUAUUGCCAUCGAGUUUCAGGAGGAGCAAGAAGCCUUUUAUUUGAAGGACCCUAGGAAGGCGCUGCAGGGUUUCUUUGACAGGGAAGGAGAAGAACUAGAGUAUGAAUACGAUGACCAUGGACACAAUACCUGGCUCUGCAGGGUUAAGUUGCCUGUGGAUGAUGCAUCAGGGAAGCAGCUGGUGGCAGAGGCUAUCCAUUCAGGAAAGAAAAAGGAAGCAAUGAUACAGUGCGCGUUGGAAGCUUGCCGAAUACUGGAUGCUAGAGGUGUGCUGCGGCAAGAGGCAGUAUCCCGGAAAAGGAAAGCAAAGAACUGGGAAGAGGAGGACUUUUAUGACAGUGAUGAUGACACCUUCCUUGACCGAACUGGGGUUGUUGAAAAGAAACGACUGAACAGAAUGAAAAAAGCUGGGAAAAUAGAAGAGAAGCCGGAGACUUUUGAUUCACUGGUUGCAAAGUUAAAUGCAGCUGAAAAAGAACUUUCUGAGAUAACAGAGAAGCUGAAGGUUUCAGGGAAAGCCCAACCCCAGCCGGCUUCUCAGGAUUCCUUGGAUGAAUUCAUGACUGAAAUAAAAUCAGGCUGCUCCUUAGACAGCGUAAUGAGGAAGAAGCUUCAUUUGCGGACCUUUGAAUUGAGGAAAGAACAGCAGAGACUGAAAGGGUUAAUAAAGAUUGUUAAACCUGCGGAACUGCCAGAGCUGAAGCCCCAGACUGGGAGUCAUGGUCUGGAACUAGAGAGCAAGCCUAAAAAGCUAACGUUGCCUCUCUUUGGUGCAAUGAAGGGAGGAAGAAAAUUCAAACUGAAAACUGGAAACCUAGGGAAGUUGCCUGUCAGGCGUCCAGAUAUCCCUGAAAGCUUGUUAAAAAUGAAAGAUGAUGGGCCUGAAGUAGAGGAGGAAGAAGAGGAGGAAGAUGAGGAGCAGGAAAUGAAAGCAGCAAACAUCGGGACACAAAAAACAGAGACGAAAAUGGCAGGAGAAGAAGUAGAACAAGAGACGAGUCUUCCUGCCAGUUCUCCUAGUAAGAAUCUGGAACCUACCCAUGGGAUUGGUUUUCAGUCUCAGCCCAUCAGCAAGCAGUUAAAGACACCAGAGAAUGAAUAUCAGGUGGACCUAUCACAAGAGAAGUCUCAAGCGUCGGAGAGAACAUGCAGAACAUUUGAAGAGAGCCCCAAGAAAAAGACGAAAGUUAAUGGCCCAGGCAGGCUCCAGCAAGCGCUUUCCUCCUCGCAGUACCCAGAAGAUGACCCAGACUACUGUGUGUGGAUGCCUCCUGCAGGUCAAAGCGGUGAUGGCAAGACUCAUCUGAAUGAAAAAUAUGGCUAUUAAGCUUCACAGGCCCCAGGCAGUGGCUCUGAGCUAUAAGGGAGCGUGCUACUUUGGACAGAGUUGCGUGAAGGUUGAAAGAGUUGGCUUCUCGGAUGUUGUUCCAGAUUGAAUGGCAUCAGCGCCAAUUCGGACGGUUAUCUCAAGCAUUGCAUUUGUUCUUUGUUUUUAAAACACUUCUAAGGAUUCCUGAGCCUUGCAUACAAAUUUUUCCACCUCUUCCUUCUGCAGUUGGCCUGGUCGUUGUAUUCAGUGUGAGAAUGUUAGACUUGUAAGGGCUUUAUGUUUAUAAGCUUGAUGAGGUGAGACCAAGCUGGUUUUAUCCAAUAAAAAUGAGAACACUAGUGUCUUUUGCCUCCAAAUUAUACUUAAAAUGGCAUUGUCAGGGCAAAUGUGACCCAAAGUUCAAGUUUUAUAAAAACAUUUUAUUUCAAAGGAAAUAUAUUUUAACCCCCCCCAAAAAAAAAAAUCCUUCGCAACCGUUGGAACUCCAGCGUUCCGGCCUGAAUAGUGCAAGAAAACCAGAGAAUGAAAUUGACUGGAAACCCUGAGGAAAAAUGCAAUAAUUAGAGGCAUGGAAAAAGUCUCAUAUGAAGACAAAUUGAAAAUAUUUGGAUUGCUUAUCUUUCAAAAGAGACAAAUUUGAGGGGACAUGAUAAAAAUCCCCUAAAUAAUGAAUGUUCUAGAAAAGGGAGAUAGGAGUUUCUGUUCUCCUUGUGUCAUAAGACAAGAACAUUGGGACAUUUGAUGAAUUUGAAAAAUGAUACAUUCAGAAUUGAUAAAAGAUAAUACUUCUCUCAGUGCAUAAUUACACAGUGGAACUCAUUGCUACAGAAUGUUGUUGGAGCCAAGAAUUUAGUGAGGACUAAAGAGGGAUUCGACCUUUCUAUAGAUAACAAGAAUAUCCAGAAUUAUAAAAAUUAAUGCUGAAAAAGAGUAUUGGAAGGAUCUAAUACCUAAUUUAUAUAUAAUACGAAACCUGCUGCUUAAAAUAAU